AUGGCAAUGCGCUCUCAAAUUCUUAUGAGAUACAUUCAACAAAACUGCAUGAAUAAAAGUUGGAUGUCGCUCGCCUAUUCACCUGAUCACAUCACGGCAAUCUUAAUCCUUUCCAAUAUGAUGUUGAACCCUUAUAAAAUCUCUCCAAAUCACUCAAAGAGUGUCAAGAUGUGGGCUUGUGCCAUUCGUAAAAACAAGACUCUGGGGACUCUUUCAAAAUUUGAGACGAUCCGUGUUCAUUCGGAGGCAUCACCAAUCCCACCCUCUCUGUCGGAGCUUGAGAAAGACGGGUUACUUGAGCGCUUCCCAGUGGGAUCCCAACUCCCUCACGGUUCAUCCCGAACCCUAAUCGAACAUACAGACUUUGUGAAAACGGGUGGUCACAUGAAGCCCACCGAUUUCACCGAAGUCGAAAAAGAUUUGAUGCGAUGGGGCAUUCGACGCUUCUCCUUUGACUGGGAGAGUGACCUCGAGGAUCGAGUAAACACCUUGGCCCGUGAAGUGUUCUGGAAUUCCUUCUACCGGGCGAUUCAAUCUCGUUCUUAUAAAUUCACCAUCAACCAACACUUGCUCAGACGCCAAAUGAUAUUGCCAGUCCUUGAGAUCCAAUUCAAGCGCCAUGCUUCGAUGUACAAGCAGCAAUGCCAAAACGAAGAGAUUAUGGUGUAUCAUCACAUGCUAGCCGAGAAACAAAGGGUUUUUGAAGAAUAUCGCGCCUACCUGAUCAAGUCGGGUGUUGAGCCAAAGUUAACGUCCAUCUUCCAACCGCGCAACUAUUCGGUUAUGGGCAAUUGUUUCGAAGUCAAAGUCAUUGCGGGGGUGUGCUUUGUCGACGAAUUACACUUUCAAAUACCUCGAUGGUGGUCUGAUAAAACAAUUUCACUCAUGGAACUCAUUGAGUCACAGGUCCAAUUUAAUGCCAAAUCCCGUCACGAUUUUGCUGGACCCGCUCGUCCGGCUCGCAAGUACAUACACACGGGUUCAGAUGACUAUGGGUUCAUACCACGACACCUUCCUUCCGACAUGUAUAGCGAUAAAUUCAAAGGCUCUUUACUACCGGCCGAACUUGCUGCGCUCAAAAUGAAGCCCUCGGUAUUGCCGGACUUAGACCAUAUGUUAUCAAUCUUCCCGCCUGUCGAAAGUGGAUGUUUUCGAACGGAUCCUAACGAUACUGAAAUCCCCAACAUUUACUAUACCAGCGACGAAGGGGUGUCCUCUGAUGAAUUUGCGGAAAGCGACACCGAAUCAGUCUCCAACACACCCGUUUCUGAUAACGAUCAACUCAACAAUGCAGAGAUUCCCCUCCGGGUUGAACUUGAAAGUUUAAAGGCUGAAGUUCAUAGAUCAAAAACCAUAUUUUCAGAGUUCCAGAAAGAACUACAAGAAUCAAUGCCUGCGCGCUUGGAAGACUUGAAAAAAGCGCAAGAUGAAAUCAACAUGAUCAACGCCAAAAUUGAUGUGUUACAUGGUGUUGAUCGUAAUACAGUUGAAACUUCACCAAGUCUACUAUAUCUAGAUGCGCAACAAGUAGAGUAA